AUUACAUUAUAUUUCAAUAAUUUUUUUAUAUUAUCAACAUUUUAGUGUAUUAUCAUAGCAUUAUCAUCAGCAUUCCCGAAGCGGUCAUUGGCCAACACACACGUGGUUAUUUUUAAAAAUCUUAUUGUGGACUAAUUGAACCGAUUUUUUUUCAAAAACCCGAAAACAUCCGGACAGACAACCGAAGUCGUUGUUGUUGUUGUUGAUUGUAAACUCAGGUCUCAUCCGUCGUCGUCGUCGUCGUCGAGAAAAUGUCUGACAACAAAGCCGUGGACACGACUACGACACCGCCCACUACUGCCGCCUCCGACGGAACUACCGUUCAGACAACUACUGCCACCGCCGCCGCUACCGAAGCACUGAACAGUUUAGGCAUACCGUCGGCCGAGUUUGUGUCAGACGUGGAUGAGUUUAUGAGCCGUCCGGACAACGACCAGAAUACUACAAAAGUGUUGAAACAAUUGGACGAAUGUCAUACAAAAUACAGAUUUAUGGAACAAAGUCUGAUGCAAAAGAAACGCCGUCUGAAGAAACAGAUUCCCGACAUUGAAACCUCUAUCGAUGUCUUAAAACUGGUCAAACUUAAGCAGGAGAAGAAUCAGCCGACGGAAAGCAAUUUCCUACUAUCAGAUCAGGUCUACAUGAAGGCCACAAUACCGGCCACCGAUAAGGUGUGCCUCUGGUUAGGCGCAAACGUAAUGCUCGAGUAUACCAUUGCUGAAGGCGAAGAACUAUUGAAGAAGAACUACGAUACGGCCACCAAAAAUCUUCAGCAAAUCGAUACCGAUUUGGAUUUCCUAAGAGAUCAGAUAACAACUACCGAAGUAAAUAUGGCCAGAGUUUACAAUUGGGAUGUCAAGAAACGACAGUCGCAAAAAUCGUCGAUAGCGGCGGCUGCGGGGGCGGCGACCACAACACCGAUAACAAUCGGCGCGAAAUGAUUUUUUUUUUAGUGAAAUUUUCGGCAAUUUUUUUUUUUUUGAUAAAAUUUAUUCAACACUUUUUUUUGAUUACCAAUUGAUUUGUUUUACAGUAUAUACUCUUUUUAUAAUCUAUCGGUAAUUAAUUAAUUAAUAUU